UAUUUUACAGGAGGUUAUGUUUAUAUGAAUGGCGAUGCUGUCAAGAUACAACAACCAGUUGCUACCACCGUUUACGCAAAUGUUCCUGUUGAUACGGCAAUGUUAGCGACCAAUAUAUAUGGCCAACCCACACAAUUGGCAGCUCCUGCCGCAACACAUAUACCAUUAAUUGCGACAACAGCGGGACCGCAACCACCACACCAUCAAACUUUACAAGUUGCCCCAGCACCAGGCCAGCAUCAGCCGUUAAUAGCUGCUCAUACAGCUGCAGCACACACACAACAGCAGGCACUGCAAAGUGUACAGGCUGCAGCUGCUGCCGUUGCUGCUGCAACACCACAGCCACCACCAGCACAUCAAAUACAAGGCCAUCCACAACAACCUCAUAUACAGUAUGCCCAUCAGGCCCCAAUGGCUGCUGCAGCCGGUCAGGGACCGACAGUUACUACAACAACGAUUGAUAACACCGAAUAUACCGUAAUGAAUGGAACUAUAGCCCAAGAUGGUACAGUCGUUUGUUAUAGCCAAGACGAUUUGCCGGUUGGAGUUAGUGUGGGAGUGGGUCCACCGGGCGCAACAAAUUUAGUCGCUGUUGAUCAAAUGUCUGGUACACCUGUAGCAACAGCAGCGGCACAACAACACAAUGCCCACGCUCAACAUCAUGUGAUUCUAACAAAUGUUCCGCCGCCGCCGACACCCCAACAGCAACAACAACAGCAGCAACAACAAACCGGCACUACGUCUGGAGGCGCUGAAAAUAAUACAAUGUCUUUGGAACAGUUGAAGCAGUCGUUAGCAACACAAUUGGAAUAUUAUUUUUCAAGGGAGAAUUUAGCUAAUGAUACAUGGCUGCUAUCACAAAUGGAUAGCGAUCAAUACGUACCAAUAUUUACCGUUGCCAACUUUAAUUUGGUUAAAAAACUAACCAAAGAUAUUAAAUUAAUAACAGAAGUGCUUAGAGAAUCACCAAAUGUGCAAGUGGAUGAAGAGGGUCUUAGGGUGAGACCAAACCACAAAAGGUGCAUCAUCAUUUUACGUGAAAUUCCCCAAUCAACGCCCGUGGAAACAGUCAAGAAUAUUUUUAAUAGUGAAAACUGUCCAAGAGUCCUAUCAUGUGAAUUUGCUGGUAAUAAUUCUUGGUAUAUAACAUUUGAGUCUGAUGAUGAUGCACAAAAGGCUUUUAAAUAUUUGAGAGAAGACGUAAAGGAAUUUCAGGGUAAACCAAUAAUGGCGCGUAUGAAGGCGAAACCAUUCAUACACAGACUACCAAUUGGUCCAGUUUCGGCUUUGAAAAAUGGCUUCCGUUUGACCUCGCCACCAGCUGCUGUUUAUGAUCCCAAUACUGCAGCGGCGGCGGCAGCAGUUGCAUAUAAUGCUGCUCCUCAACGUUUUGUUUAUGCAGCAAAUGGUGCUGCUAUCACCCAGCCUCCUGUACCAUAUAAUGGUCAAUUGCAUGUAAUUCAAUUUCCUCAACAACAAUUCUUUCCUGGCAUAGUUACACCGUGGCCUUCGGCGGCCGCAGCUGCUGUUGCUGCAGCUGCAACUUCUUCAGCCCACGGACAAAAUUUUUAUGAGAUUGGUAAUGUGUUUGCAGCCAAUGGCAUACCUCAGGUAGCAUAUAACGCUACGUCUCAACCACCGUCUGCCACUCCUGGUUUAACUGGAAGCACGAAACCGCAAAGCGGUGGUGGCAAUAGUGGUGGCGGUGGGGGAAAUGGGCGUUACAACAAUAGUCAUCGCAAUAAUUCUAGCAACAGUAGUGGUACAUCAGGUGGAGGCGGCGGCCACCGAAAACAAUCCCGAAAUUCUAAUAUGCAAUUGCAGCAAGGUCCCCAGCCGCAGUUAGCUGGCAGCAAUAUAAUUGUUUCCAGUGUAGCCGUGGGCGGGUCUGGAGGAUUGGUUAGCGUAAUGCCAGCAAUUGUCGAUCCACAUCAACAGCAGCAAAUGUCGCAACAGCAUCAAAUGCAACAACAACAACAGCCACAACAAUCGACUUCAAGUCAACAACAGUCUGGUUCACAGCAAAGCAGUAGCUCAAGACAUUAUUCCAGCAUGAAAUCCAAUACUGGUGGCAUGCCCAAGUCAUCGGUAGAAAAAUCCUAUUCUGGUGGCAAUGCUGGUACUAUUAGUAGCCAUCAUCAUUAUAAUACCCAGAAUCAAUCAAAUCAUCACGUACAAACACAGCAACAAGCACAGCAAAUGACGACUGGUGCUGCAACCCAUAUACAACAGAGUCACUAUCAAAUGCCUUCCUCUAAUACACAAAGCGGUUCAAUGCAACACGCAAACUAUGGCAGCCAUGCUGCACCCACUGUGUCAACACAACAGCAACACCACCACACGCAGCAGCAACAACAAAUGCACCAACAACAUGAACUGCAGGAAGAUGUUGGAGAAGUUAUACACCAGACCCAGGUGCACAAUGUCCAACAGCAGAGUGGUGGCGGAGGUGGUGGGGGUGGCCAUCACCAUAGUCAACGUAAUAACAUGACAUCUUCUUCAACAUCGCUGGCCAAUUCAGUGGGAGGAAAAGAUCCUCCACACUGGUCUCAAUCGAGACCCAGACGGAGAAGGCGUGACGAUGACAAUUCGGGGAUGACUUAUUCGCCCAAUAAUCGUAUUGGUGGAGGAGGCGGUGGGCAAUCUUACAACUCGGGACACCAUUCUCAGCAAAGUGGUAACAGCGGAGGUGGAAGCGGCGGAGGAUCAGGUGGUGGCAUGUCUUCGGGCCAGGGAGGAAGCGGCGGCAGUCAUCACCAUUCUAAUCGGAAUGAUAUAAGUGGUGGUGGGCAUCACGGCAGUGGCGGCGGUGGUGGUGGUGGCUAUUCAUCGCAUCGCAAUGAUAAUGAGCAUCGUGGUGGGUACAAAGGCAACAACUAUAAUCCUCACUAUAAUAGUGGAAAUGGCAGCCAUCAUCAUUCCUCAGGCAAUUCAUCAUCCCAUCAUCAUAGCCAACAUCACAGCAAUACAACAGGUGGAUCGUCUCAACAACAGCAACAACAACAGCAGCAACAACAAACACAACAACAGCAACAUCAUUCUUCUUCCGCUUCAUCAUCAUCGACCCAUCAUCAAAUGUCUUCAUCCAAUUCUCACCAUUACAAUCCGCAUCAUCACAGCAAUGAAGGUGGUGGUGGCGGUGGGAGCGGGGGAGGAGGUGGUGGUGUAAGUAGUGGACGUGAUGUUGGUGGUGGAAGAAGUUAUGAAGGUGGCCGUCAUGCCGGCGGUGGUGGUUCCUCCAAUUAUGGUGGUAAUAAUGAACGAUCUGGUGGAGGUCAUGGUGGCGGUGGUCGUCAUCACGAUAACUACCAUCAUAAUAGCCACCAUCAAGGGGGCCAUCAUCAACAUCACCAUCAUCAUCAACAACAGCAGCAGCAACAAAAUGUUGCUCCACCACAACCACCGCAAUUCGAUUUAGAAGCAGCUGCAUUUCCACCACUGCCAGCCACCUCUUCGUCCGUGGCCUCCAGUAACGUUGCUUCAAGCGGUGGCUCAAAUAGCAACAAACAAACUGCCAACACGCAGCAGCAGCACCAUCAGCAACAAGUGAGUUUAAAUGAUGCUACAACAUCUGCCAAUAACAACAACAUGACUAUCAAUAGCACUAGUAGCAACAGCGCUAACAUUCAAGAUCAGCAAACACAACAUCAUCAACAACAGCCGCAGCAGCAACCUCAGCAACAGCAGCAGCCAAAAAACGUCAAUACUCAACCCUAUCACCAACAACAUCAGCAAUCGCAGCAACAAAAUAUAAACAACAGUAAUUCUCAGUUGCAGCAACAACAUAGUUCCUCAACCGGUUCGGGAAACGGUACUAAUGGUGGUAGUGGUUGGUCUGAAAAUCGUUUAGCUGAUGUAGUCCGUGGCAGUGGUACUGGCAGCAACAACAAUACGAACAGCGGUCAAACUGGUGCUGGCGGAGGUUUGAAUGGAAAAAAAUCUCGCAAAGAUUCUGGCCACAACAAACAAUCAUAUUACUAUCAACAAUCACAACAACAUCGUGGCAAUGCGUCAGCGGUUAGUCCCACGCCCACCAACAACAACAAUGCUCCGCAAAUGACUGCCACAAACAACAGUAAUAGCAAUUGUGUAACACAACAAAACCAUACAACAACAAAUAUGAAGGCAAGCAACAAUGUUGCCGCCACAUUUGUUGCUCCCUCCUCCUCCUCGACAACAUUGCCUGCGGACCAGAGUCAUACAGGUGGUGUAGGCGGCAGUAGUAGCGGUACCAUUGGUGGCAGUGGCGCAACUACUAUUCCCAAUGAAAAAACUAACAAGACUGAUGAAUAUUUGCUAUACACCAUGGAUAAUGCAAUUGUUACAGCGGCAAAUGGAAACAGCAACAACAAUAAUAGUGUUAACAGCAACAAAACGACAUCGUUUGGCUCAAGCAACGAAGAACGUAAUUCGAAACAUGUUGGCGGCUCAACAGUUUCAGCUGCGAACGUGUGUAGUGUUGCCACAAUGACCACAAACCUUGCCGAAUGUAACAUAAACAAUCACAAAAAACCACCCGCCAUAGCAGCACUAAUUGCCAAAAAAGAAUCGCCAAAAGACGCUACCAGGCAAAAAAAUGCCUCCACUUCCACUAGUUCGACGUCUACUGAAAACCUGUCCGUAGUAACGCCAACAAAUGUUACAACUACUGUAGCCACUGGAGGAUCAUCGGCUUCUCGUUUGAGUUACGCUCAAGUGGCGCAACGCAAAGAUGAUAAUAAUACUAGUGCUACAACUGGCACUGGCACCUCUGGGAUAUUAUUGUCAUCGCCAGUUGCGGUGAAUAAACACGAGUUGGGAGCCGCAGGCACAGUCUCAACUACAACGGCACCUUCCUCCUCCACAAGUACAUCUGUUAAUCUUGUAAAUAAUCCCAAUGAAAAGACUAUUUCCGCGCCUACUGUCGCCAAUUGUAGUGGUGGUGUUUCAUCGACUGUAAAUAAUGUUGCUGGUACUGUUGGUGUAGUGAAUUCCUCGGGUGCUUGUGUCGCAUCUAUAACUCAAGCAACGGGUGCUGUGAAUAGUGGCAGCAAUUCAACAUCCGUACAAUUGCGCACUGAAAAUUCCAAAGAAAAAGAUAUUAUUCGUGAAAAUCGUCAAAAUACAGGAAUUAAUGCUAGUAUUGGUGGCGGUAGUUUGAAUAGUAGUAGUAUAAAUAGUAACACGGUUGCAUCUUCCCGCAAUCAACGUGCUGAUUCCAAAGACUUUAAUAAAAACACGCACUCUCGCGAGCGAAACGAUACCGUUGAAUGCAAUUCAGCUAAUGGUAGUGGACGUAAAGGGAACAGGAAUAGCAAUAACAAUUAA